GAAAUCGUUAUGCAAUCUUUGCAUUCUAUUGCUUCGUAGAGCGCUUUUAGAUGCUCGAAUACAGUGGGAAUUAUCCUUUUAUUUGAAAUUAGUGCUCGAUUGGGAUUUUUUACCACUACAUCGACGCGCAGGUUGAGAUUGAACUAGAAAAUUUUCGCAUUUUCAAGAGCAAUUUUAAACAACAUCGUUGACUAAUAAAGUGCUGAAGAAAUACAACAAGUCGCAACAACGCAUUUUCCAGAAACCACUUAAGUUUUAUCAUCACAUUAACGAAUCACUUUUUCUUUCUCGACCUAAAAAAACGAACAAGAUGUCGGCUGAUAACGCUGGUGCUGAGAAGGCCUCCAAGGCUUACCCGUUGGCGUCGCAUGCCCUGUCGACCACUAUCCUGGAUUUGGUGCAGCAAGCAGCCAACUACAAGCAGCUCAAGAAGGGUACAACUAUCCAUCAGUUUUGACACUUUUUUUUGAUGUUUAGCCUAGACAAUCGCUAUAGUAUGGUGCGAUCGCGGAUAUCGUACUAAUCAUUGCAUCGAAGCUUCACGCGUGGUUUAGGUUUGAGUAAGCAGAAAAAGCGAUAAAGAGUCUUAUAUGUUGCAGGAAAUAUGAAAUGGAAAAGCCUAGAGUUCGUCCUUCGUAUGUGGAAGUCCGACAUUGAAUGUUUGUGCACGACCUGUGCCCAUCAUGUAGCUAUCUUACAUUUUGACUUUCGUGCACGACAUCUGCCCAUCAUGUAGCUAUCUUACGUUUCUAAGACCGCAGCACUAUUGUUUUCGACUAGAAGUUGUUUUAAUAUUCUUUUGCAGGUGCAAACGAAGCGACAAAGACUUUGAACCGCGGCACUGCUGAGGUUAUUGUUUUGGCGGCAGACACCGAACCCCUGGAAAUUCUGUUGCACUUGCCAUUGGUGUGCGAGGACAAGAAUGUCCCAUACGUUUUCGUCAAGAGCCGCACUGCUUUGGGUGCCAAUUUUUAUUUUCAACUUUUUUCUCUCGUUCUUCUAUUCUUUUUUGAUGGUGACCCAGUCGCGUGUAAUUCUAGGAGCUCUAGUAAUAAACCUUUGUGACUGGCGCGCAUGUUAUUUUUAUGCAGGUGUGCUAACAUUUCUUCUUCAGCUAAGAUCGCAAUAAGACAAUCUAAUCUUCAUCGCUUUCGGACCUCCACUAUCACUCAUGAAAAUCAAAUUUUACAGGUCGUGCCUGCGGUGUAAGCCGCGCGGUGAUUGCUUGCAGUAUCACGGCUAAGGAAGGUUCGCAGCUGAACGCGCAAAUCCAGGAUCUAAAGGAUCAGGUUGAGCAAAUCCUGAUCUAAGGACUGCGGAUUCUGAGUGGAGAGACGGACGAGUAGUGUAGAAGAUCAAGUCGUUACUUCGAAGAAGCAAGAACCAUUGAGGAGGACGCACGCCAUGAGGAGGAGCACAUCGGCGAAGAACGACAGACUAAUGACAUCACCAAAUGACAUCAGCAAAACUAAUGACAACACGAAGAAUAUCAAUGAAAACGAACGUGGAGAAAAAUAAUGCAAUACUUUUUAGAACUCGACCAAAAGCGGCCUUCGUGGGGAGAAUAAGAAGCCAAAUGCAACAUGAAGUACAUUGAAAAAGACUUACUAGAAUGAUCACACGACGCAGCUCGAACAUUAGAAAAUGGGACAACGAUUUAUCAACGAACGUCAUCGCAGAUCAAUUGAAAUAAGAGAACAUCUUCGCAGAGCCUCCUGGUUUGAAAGGAAGCGGAAGGGGAUACUCCAACGUUGAAGGUGCAGAGCGUAAAGGCCUCAGAGGAUCGGACGAGAAGAUAUUAGAGGAAAAAACGUGCGGCAUCUGCACUGAAGGGAGCAAAGGAGGAGUUGAUUCUGCUAAUGAGGUUCAGACUUGUUGUUUAUUCAUAGACUAAAUUGCACUUUACACCAGAUGCUAAGAACUUCUACAUGGAUUGGGGAGAACAUGGUAGCAACGUCUUCACGAUGUUGUUAUUUAUGGAAAACUUUCUACCUUGAACUUUCCGCUAGUGUAGGUGAAAAGUCCCACAAGAUUUGUGAGCGGGACCUGCACUAGAUCUGUGAGUUGGCUUAGGGUUAUUUGUUGUAGAAGUAUCUUUCAUCUCCGUAAAAAAGAUGUCGAGAAGGACGCAUCCACAAGAUUGAGGCAAUGAAGCGAGCUGUACAGAAAUGUCCAGACUAAAACUAAGCCCCUUGUUGGGUACAUCAUCAUAGCAAUACAGCUCGAUAAAACUUACUUGCAGAUCUUUUCAAGCCGGACGUGGUGCUUCAGAUCAAUCUCUGGUUAGAGUGAACACCUUCGAAGGCUUCUGGUCGUGAAGAGAUGGUACUUCUUCUUCUGAGAAGCACCAGAUCCAAGAACCUGUUGACUGGGAGGCCCUCUUUUUUGGAAUAGAUCUCUGUUCUGCGAUUGAUUUCCCGAGGAUUUCUGGACGUCACGGAAGGCUCUUUGUGAAUGCUACAUGCAACAACAAAGCGACAACAAGGUCAAGAAGAUGCCUAUAUUAAGAUUAUUUAUUUUGUUGUACUCAUCGAAGAUGCAUGAGCAAUUGCAUGGCGGGCUUUCUCAAAAAGGAAUGACUUUAUCUCGUCAAAGAGUUUUUCUAU